CAAGUCAUUGGAAAUUUAAUUGUAUAAUCAAGUUUAAAAUGCUUUACAAUGAUUGUCUACCAUCAAUUUAAAAGUUAAUCACAAUUAAAACUUAAAGUUCACUUAAAGUAUUUAUAGUAUUUAAAGUUACCAAGACAUCAGGUUAAUUGUUUGGGAAACUUUGAUUAACUGGUUGUUGACGAUUUAAUUUACUGUGUGAACAAUUUGUUACUAAUCACUGAACAUUUAAUCACCAAUGAAUAAUUCAACAAUUAACGGGACAAAUUCAAUUCGUCAAGCUUGGCUUCGAUUCCUUCAUCCUGAUCUAAUUACAUUGGCACCCGAUUAUUGGCUUAAUUUUGAACCAAUUUCGUGUCAAGUUAAUUUAACAAUCGCUGCGAUUUUCACAGUUGUCUUAAUCAUUGGAUUAACUGGUAAUUUAACAAUAAUUUACCUUUAUUGUAGAGUAAAAGCACUUCGAAAUGGCCGAAAUACAAUCAGUUUGAACAUCGCAGUUUCCGAUCUAAUCAUGAACGGGGUAAUUGCGGCCUACGUUUACAAUAGUACUCAAUGUGGAUCAGCAUUAACACCAUUGGGUUGUAAGCUUUAUGGAUUUGCUGGUGGCCUUUCAGGGACAGUUACGAUUAUGUCAAUAACAGCGGUUACUUUUGAACGUUAUCUAACAAUUAAUCAUCAGAACUUUUCUCAACCAUAUUUUGAUUAUCGAGGAUCAAUUGUGUUGAUUAUCCUUCUUUGGUUGUAUUCGUUUAUGUUUACAAUUCCACCCAUAUUUGGUUUCUUUAACAAUUAUAUACCAGAAGGACAUUUGACAACAUGUUCAUUUGAUUAUGUGUCAACUAAAUUCGAGUCAAGGCUUUUUGUUUUCAUCUUUUUCCUUGGAGCUUGGGUAAUACCAUCAAUUAUAAUUAUCGGCUCUUAUGUUGGCAUCUAUCGAGCGACCCAUCGUUCAUCAGCUCGUUUUGAAACUUAUGCCACAAAAUCAGUUCCAAGUCCAACUUUAAACGAUCAUCACAGUAACAAUCCUAGUCAACAUCAUUCGAGUAACCGAAAUGGUACCAACAUUUAUAACGAAAACUCCAGUAACAAUAGUAACAGUAGUGGUACUAAUAAUCCAACCAAUGGUAACAUAAAUAAUAAUAUAAUGAUUCAACAGCGAACCCAACACCGAAUUAGACUUGAACAUCGUCUCGUUAGAACCUCAAUGGCUUUAAUUACACUUUGGAUGAUCACCUGGACACCCUAUGCAGUUGUCUCUCUAAUUGGUAUAAUUAAUCCUCUUCUAUUAACACCAACCAUGGCCAUGUUACCGGCAAUGUUUGCCAAAACCUCAGCGGUAAUGGAUCCCUUUGUUUAUGGUUAUCUUCAUCCGAGAAUUAAGUUUGAGGUGAAGAAGCGUUUUUUUAAUUGUUGCGUUAAAUCAUUUCAAAGGUCAUCCUCCCUGCGGUCAUCGUUACCAAGUAAAACAUCAACAUCUUCAAAUAGAUGGCAAAAAAUAGCUAAAUUUUAACCUCUAUCAUCAUUAAAACAAACAUGAAGACACAGAAUUUAAAUCAACACCAAUUUCCAAGAUACAUUUACCCUUUUAGAUUAAAACACUUUCCAAAAUGUAAAUACACCAAUUAAUCCAUAGCAUUGGCUAUUAUAGUACCACCACAAGUUCAAUAGAAUUUAAUUUUCUCAUCAAUUAAUUUAAAUCUAAUUACAAGAGGAUUAAAAACAAUUCAAAUUAACAUAUCAACAAAUUUUAAAGAAAAUCAAUCGAUAAAAAAAAGAAGCGGGAAUCAGGGGUCGUAUUAAAAUCUCAUCUUUUUGUUGGAAGAAAAUUUUUUCUCUCAACAAUUAACUUAAUUAUCUGUUGAUAAUUUUUCUUUAAUUGUCCAGGAUUAUAUUAGAAGUGAUUAAAGUUGAUAUAUUAUAUGAUAAUUAUUUAGAUGAUAACGAUA